AUGACCAGACUCGCUGUUUGUCUCCCGCGCCAAGCUGACUCGCUGGAACCUGAUGCGAGGCACGAGUACACGAUGCUCUCUUCCACAUUCACUGGCACGUUCAACGUGCAGCUCAGGCCGCUCACCGCGCCCUUCGUCGCCUCGGCGCACUACUGCGCGGGCGACCGCCAGAGGUCCAGCUGGGUGGCGAAGAAGGCCCGCUGCGCCCUGUUGGGGCUUAAAUUCGGCAACAUGGUGGAGGCGGGCUUGGCCGUCACGGUGCAGGCCCAAGGGCGGCAAUUGAUCGAGCAGGAGAAGCGGAUCAAGCAGCUGGAGAGGCUCCUGGAGGAGCUCGCAGGAAAGAAGGUUUCAUCGACAUUGGAGGCGGAGGUGCUGACCGGGGAGCCGAAUGAUGCAACGAUUGUUCCGGUGGUUUCAAGCACCAGCAAGGGCAACAACAACAAUCGCGGCAGAAACACCAUCAUGGCAAUGGCGGACUCAGCUACCUAUGAGUUCGCUGCAUCCAUGUGGGACGCAGCGCUGCUGCUGUUCUUUCAGCAUUCCAACCCUUUGGACAAGUUGAUCCUUCUGAUCGGGUGCCUCACGAAUUUGACCCUGCAGCUCUUUAUGCUGCUCACCAUGUACCUGGAUAUGUUGGAAAAUCCUUACACCGACAAGAAGGUCCAAGAGAUGAUCGCUUGGCGGGUCUCCGACGGCCAUCAUACCGACAGGUUCGAUGCCAUCUCUGGGGCUAGCCUCGCGAGCAAGCUUUGCUCCAAGAAUCUUUGGUCCUAUGAGCAGGAGGAGUACGACAAGAUAUUCGACUACCUCUACAAGCCCAUGCCAGGCGUCAUUCUCAGCUCUUUAGCCAUCGUCAUGUGGGUGCUCACCAUUAUGGUGGAGUACCGGCGCUGCAUAGAGCAGGCCCUGGCGGUGGCCCAUUUGCCCUCCCUCUCGGUCAACGAUGAGUUUGUGCAGACGGACGAGGAGGGAAGCAUGCGGCUGAAAGGUAUCCGCCCGGUAUCACGGACCUUGGCGCUGGUCUUCUUGAGUCUCCCCCGCUUAGUGGUGCUGGGUUGGCUCGCCAUCAUCGGCUGCAUCUACUUGGCGCAGACUGUGAACCUGCAGGACAUCGUGCUGAACGCGGUCGCCUUGGCCUUCGUCAUGGACGUGGACGAGCUCGUGGCGGACGUGCUGCUCACCGAGCGGCUCAGGUCUUUGCUGCCGAAGAUCGAGCCUUUGAGCUGCGGGAAGAGCUUCAAGACCAACAUCCCGGUCAAGGACCUGGUGCGAUAUUUCAUCACGGCAGGCCUCAUCACCUUGGCCAUCGUGCAGUGGCUGGUGCCCUUUAACUCCACCAUCACAGCCGCGGGCAUCGCCUUGUGUGGUGGCUAUCAGGACUUCAGUUUCUCCGGGGGAGCCCCGAACAACGUGGCGGUGGUCAUCGAGCCCACCAGCUGGGGGGGAGACCCCUGGUAUGACAGCUGUGGCUCCACCGUAGAGGACUGGUACCUGCAGAAGUACUACGGCGCCCGCUUCAACUCAUCCGUGCACGGCGGGACCUCUCAGAACUCCUCCUACUACACCACCUUGAAGAAAAAACACGUCUUGAACUUCGCCUGGGCAUCCAUGGCAAACGGGAACUACGACGUUUGCUCUGAGGGGCAGGUCCUGUCACCCCAGAACGAGGACGGCGCUCGUACCUGCAUCACCGCCCCGACGGCUCUUACCCGGAACCUUCCCAAGGAGGUGAAAGCAGGCAGCACCGUGAGCGUAGCCAAUUGCCCUCGCUUCAGCGCCACCGUGGGUUGCAACUACUCGGAGGUGGAGCUUCCGGCCACCUGCAUUUGGACCUGGGCAGCCCACCAGUGCGACGACCUUCCGCCCGGGAAGGUGUAUUCGGAUGCCUGUUCGCCGAGCACGGACUUCACCAAGUCCUGUGACACCUGGGAGUAUGUCUUCAACCUGGCUCAUCCAGAAUAUAACUGCAGGGCCAGGAAUUACUGCACUACCAACAACCUGAACUGCUUGGCGCUGACGGCCGACUUGGAAGUCCGCGUCAGCCAAAUCGAGAAGUUCCAGCUGCCAGGCGUCCAGUCCAAGCUGGAGGAGAGUAUCAAGAACGCCUUGUCCUGGGCGUGGCAAAUGCCCGUCACGAGCCUGGAGCUCACCUCAGAAGCUCCAGAUCCCGCCGAGUCGGGGGAGGGCCUGGCCUGGAUCGCGCUGGUGUCCAAGAACAUGCCCCACCUCGUGAAGCCCAGCUUCGACUUCGAGACGAGGGCGGGCCUGGCCUGGGAGAUCGACAUGCACUUGGACGCCUUGACCAGCGUCACCAUCGACGGCAAGCCUUUCCAGGUCACCGAGUUGUUGGUGAAGAACCGCGUGUGGCAGAGCACUGCCGACCUAAUCACCACCACCACUCCCAACCUUCCCACUGCGCAGCCGCCCGGGUCCUCGACGAACCCUCCCUCUCCGAGGUAA